AUGUUGCACUCGCCCUUCCACGCACCUCCGACUAAUUCAUCGACCUACGCUCUGCCCAUCAAGGCCCCUUCUGCGCCCCAACCCAGCAUCCGAGUCUCUCUUGCGUCAAGGCUGGGCUUCACGUCCCGUCAAGAAGUGGAGAAAGGCGAAGGCGUGGUUAAUGCUGACGAGAAGGACGUCGAUGUUGAGUCCAACGUUCCGGUUAAGGAGUCAUUGGAGAGACCGUUGGUCUUUAUUUCUGCGAUUUUUGUUGGUAUGGCUCUGUGCCUGAUGAUCAUCCUCCUGCUCGGAUUCGGUGCCUCGGCGCUGCUCUACGAGUGUUUGAUGGAUGGAAGCUGGAUGAGAAUGGCCCUUCUGGCGACCGUGCCGUUCUUUGGUCUCUUUGGUUUGUUCUUUGCGAUUUGUAUCUUUACCGAUUUGUUCCAGGUCAUUGGGCCAAUUAGAGCCGUCACCAGCAACUCGCGAUGCUAUUCGUCAAUUCGUCCCGAUAUCUUCAAGGCUUACCAGAUUGGCUUCCGCCCCAGCCACAUCACGAUCCAGAUGCCAGUCUACAAGGAGGGUUUGGACAGCGUCAUCAUUCCCACCGUGACUUCGCUAAAAGCUGCCAUUUCUCAUUACGAGUUGAACGGUGGAACUGCAAGCAUCUUCAUCAACGACGAUGGUCUUCAACUCCUUCCAGAAGAUGAGGCUCAGGCCCGGAGAGAUUUCUACACCGAUAACAACAUCGGCUGGGUCGCACGUCCUAAGCACGGUGUGGAUGGAUUCGUUCGUGGAGGAAAGUUCAAGAAAGCGUCCAACAUGAACUUCGCCCUCAACAUCUCCAACAAGACCGAGGAUGUCCUGACUGAAAUGAUUGAAAUCCGCAAAAGCUACACCAACGGAGGCGAUAUCACCGAAUCUGAGCAGGAUGAGCUCUACAAGGCUGCGCUUGACAAGGUUUUGGAUGACGAUGGAAAGGCCUGGGCUGAUGGCGACAUCCGCAUGGGAGAAUAUAUCCUGAUCAUCGACUCUGACACCCGUGUUCCCGUCGACUGCCUCCUCUACGGCGCCGCUGAAAUGUUCCUGUCCCCCGAAGUCGCCAUCGUCCAGCACUCUGCGGGCGUCAUGCAGGUCGUCGGAGACUACUUCGAGAACGGCAUCACAUUCUUCACGAACCAGAUUUACUCUGCCAUUCGCUUCGCUGUCGGAUGCGGAGAGGCCGCUCCCUUUGUCGGUCACAAUGCAUUCCUCCGCUGGCAGGCGAUUCAGAGCGUUGCUAGCAAGGCUCCUGAUGGAUCUGAUCUCUUCUGGUCUGAGAGCCACGUGUCUGAGGAUUUCGAUAUCUCCCUCCGCGUUCAGAUGGCUGGCAACUUCGUCCGCCUGGCAACAUACCACGGUGACGAGUUCAAGGAGGGUGUCUCCUUGACCGUCUACGAUGAGCUGUCCCGUUGGGAGAAAUAUGCCUUUGGAUGUAACGAACUUGUUUUCAACCCGCUGUACACAUGGCUGUGGAAGUCGCCAUUCACACCUCUCUUCCGGAAGUUAAUCUGGUCCAACAUGCAGAUGUCCUCGAAAACCACAAUUCUCGCAUACAUCGCCACUUACUACGCCCUAGCCUUUGGUCUUCCCCUCACGAUUCUGAACUACUUCCUCAUUGGGUGGGAGAACGGAUACAUCGACUCGUUCUACAUCGAGUCGUGGAAGAUUUUCGUCGCUCUGCUUGUUGUCUUCUCCGGUCUCGGUAACGUCUGUCUCGCUAUCCUCCGUUACCGUCUCGGCGAGAAGUCGCUCCUCGGCGCGCUUCUCGAGAACUUCAUGUGGAUGCCCAUGUUCGCUGUCUUCUUCGGCGGCAUCAGUUUCCACCUCUUCCUUGCCCUGUGCGCGCACAUGUUCAGCAUCAACAUGGAAUGGGGAGCCACCGCCAAGGAAGCCGUCGCCAGUAACUUCUUCAAGGAGGUGCCGAAGAUCUUCAAGAGCUUCAAGUGGAUGUACGCCUUCACCAUCCCCGUGGUCGGUGGUAUGAUCUACCUCGGCAAAUUCGCACCCGCCGGAUACGAUAUCAGCAUCGUCACGGCCAUCGUGCCAUUGGCGGUCAUGCUCUCGAGUCACAUCCUCCUGCCGUUCAUGCUCAACCCGGCGCUGAUGAUUCUGAAAUACUAA